GCAGAUGUGGCGUAAGGACAGGCGACAUUGUUAGUUUGGGACUGUUAUCUCAGCUGAUCCGGCAUCGGGGCAGUUGUCUCACUCAUGCUGGAGCGGUUGCGCUGAGUGGACCAUCUGGAGCUCAAUAUGUGAACGAAACGAACGCUAUUCCAAAAGAAAAUCGACUUAAUCAUGCGCAGACACUCGUACCAAUGGAUACGCAUUCGAGUCGCCCUGGAAAUGUCUGGUUCUCUUUGAUUUAUUUGUCAGUAUCGUUUUUGAAAGUCUGCAACUUUUGGAAAUAUUCUGCCUUUCGGAAGUAUUUGAUUAUAGCUGUAGUGUGUUUUGUUUAUUUGUUUUUCACCGUUCAUGUUAGCCGCACGUCUACUCGCCAGGACAAACGUCCUGAUCUGUGGACUGGAAAUAGUGUUUAUUCUCAGAGUAAAAAUGACCAGGACCCCGCUGAUGGGGAGGUGAAUGAGUCUGUGAGCCCGACCAGGUCUAAUGUGGUAUAUAUAACACUCAAAUCUAAGCGGCACAAACCGGCCAUCAUCAGGGGCACAGUGCGACCCAAACUCCGGAGAAAGAAAGUUAAAGUGAGACAGCAGAGUGGCACGCAGGGCAAGGCGAAGGACGCGGGGCACAAUACAAGCACCCUUAACAAACGACUGGGAUAUUCUGAGCUUGAUGGCAGUGGCACUGGUUAUUCAACUAUAAGGAUAUACAGUGAAAAAGCUCCUCCAUGGUUCAGCAGUGAUGAUAUUACUGCAAUGCGCUUUCUAGCCGAUUGUAAAAUUACGCAAAUCGAUGAAGUGGCACCACGGGGCUUCUCUUCUUUAAUUUUAUUUAAAAGUGCGACAAAUGGCACGAACGAUGUUGAUGAGUGUCGUAAAUGUUGCGGUAUUGUCAAGCGACCCUUGGACAUGAGUGAGGUGUUCGCCUUUCAUCUGGACAGGGUCUUGGGACUGAACAGAACUUUGCCAGCUGUCAGCAGACGAUUCCACUCUCUAGGAGACGGUCAGCCUUGUCCAGUGGUUUUGUGGGACCCUUCUUUAAGCCCAGUAGUAGAUCAACCUUCUGAAAAGUUGAACUGGAGCUCAUAUCAAACCUCCCUCAAACACAAGUGCUGGCAUCGGGGUGUCAUACCUAAACCAGAGUGGAGCUGCACCAGCAUCCACCACCACGAAUGGAGCAAGCUGGUAGUCUUUGAUUUCCUCCUGCAGAUUUAUGAACGCCUAGAUAAAAACUGCUGUGGAUUCAAGCCUCGCCCAGAGGACACCUGUGUUGAGCUUGGUCACCAUGAAGAAUGUAAAGACAAGGACGGCAUAGAGCUGAGACACAUAGUCCACCGUAAACAUGACCCACAACACCUGGUUUUCUUCAACAAUAAGGGCUACUUUGACCGAGACGAGGGGAAUCUGAACUUCAGGCUACUAGAGGGAAUCAAAGAACUACCAGAUCAGCCUGUGUCAGUGUUGAGGUCUCAGCGUCUCAGGGAAAAGCUCCUGCAAUCGCUGUUUCUCGACCAGCAGUACUGGGACAGUCAGGGUGGCCGUCAAGGCAUUGAAAAACUGAUUGACGUAAUUGAGAGAAGAGCCAAAGUCUUGCUCACGUACAUUAAUGCUCAUGGGAUUAAAGUAGUACCUAUGAACUCUUGACAGAUGGAGCUUCAGCUUUCAAUGUGUAAGACAAGCCACCAACCUUUUGGUUUCCAAUGAACGUUGAUGUUUUCAACAGAUUAGUGUGCCAAUGAAGACCUGCUGAAUUGAAGCUCUUUCAGUCAAAAUUCAAUGCACUACAGAAAUUAACAGCACUUUGUGGUGUUGUAAGUGCUACUCCCAUUUAAGAGGAGAAGAAAUGAUAGUUACAGGGCUAAUUUUUGGCACCACUAACAUUCCACAAGUUAAAGGCACUGUAAGUGAUAUGAUGUUUCGUGGACUUCUACCAGCCUUAGCUUCUGAAUUCAACUGCCUCUUCUGUCCAAAAUCCCGCCCAGUAAUGACAUGUCAGCAAACCUGCAGUAAGCAAUCUGAUGCUCAAACUGAAUCUUUUGUUUAGCUUCACAUCGAUGUCCCACAGCUAGUCUGUUUUGGUGUUUACAGAGCUGAAAGGUUGUCACAGAGAGCAGUGCAAUUUCUCACGACACCUAUUUUAGUUUUAUGUCAUAGAGUAAGUGCUAUUCCACAAACAAUACCGAAGCACUUUUAAUUCCAAUUUUAUUAUCAAUGCAUGUUCCGCUCAAUAUGAAGUUAUUAAUUUCAAUCUGCAAUACAGCUUUAUAAGAACAUUUCUGCUAUAAUCUGCACGUUUCUUCUGUGAUGAUGGUGUUUGUGAUGAAUGUUCCAGCAUCAUUGUUAAAUCUAUUAAUGUUGCACUUGUAUUGAUCACUGUGAAGAUGAUAUGAAUCUUCUUUCAUAUGAAUAGCAGUAUUCAUUGUGCUCUCUGAAGUGUUUAUUUUUUUACUGUUGUUUGCGUUUGUAAAAAAUAAACGUAUACCAAUA